AUGUGGAUUGAAAUAUUUGAAUAUACAAAUGUUUUAGCUGGCCUAACGGUCUUCAUAUUUUGGUUUUAUUUGCAAAGAAAACCCAAAAACUUUCCUCCUGGUCCUCGAGGUCUGCCGCUCGUCGGUUACAUUCCGUUCAUGGCAAAGAAUCCCGCAAAAACUUUUAUGAAAUUGAAAGAGAAAUUCGGAUCAGUUGUCUCUGUUCAAUUUGGACAAGAAGAUUGGGUCAUUCUAAAUGAUUUUGACACCAUUAACGAGGCAUUUGUGAAACAAGGACACAAGUUUUCCGGGCGGCCCUACAAUCUUUAUUUCGAGCUGAUAACCGAAGGCCGCGGGUUCUUUACAAUGGAUUAUGGACCAACAUGGAAAGCUUUGAGCAAAUUUGGCCAUGCCACAUUGAAAGAUAUGGGCGUGGGCAAGAAAAAUAUGGAAACAGGAGCUGUUGAAGAAACGAGAUUCUUGAUUGAGAGUUUGACAUCGAGCAACGGAGAGAGCAUUCGUAUGAAAUUGAAUCUCGCGUUAUCCAAUAUGGUUUGUGGGAUAGUGUUGGGUUCCAGGUUCGAUUAUCACGAACACAAAUUCAGGCAUAUUGUCGAGAUGUUUAUGAAACAGUCUCGAGUCACUUCUCAUUCACAUAUGCUAUUUGCUGUUUCCUUGGCUCCCUUUUUGCGUUUUAUCCCUCCGUUCAGCAAUGUUGUGAAAAUUACAUCUGACGAAGCAAAGUGUCUUAUGGCAUAUCUACGUGAUUUUGUAGAAGAACGCGAAUCUAACUUUGAUGAUUCAGACAUCCGGGACUUUAUCGAUGCUUUUCUGAAUGAAAUGAAGAAACAAGGAAAAGAUGACGAUGCUUUCAACAAAAUUCAACUCAUUAGAUACGUUCGUGACCUUCUCCAUGCGGGAACAGUUACAACUAGCGUUACCUUGACUUGGGCUUUGCUCGCUCUGGUCUGCUACCCGAAAUGCCAAGAAAAAAUAGUAAACGAAGUAUUCGCAACUUUGGGUAAUUUGAUAUUGUUGAUAAUGUUACUUAGUGAUACAGUAUUUUGA